AUGAUAUUAAAAACAUAUUUUCAUAAAGCAACUACGGUUACAACUGCUACCACAACGACAACGACUGCAACAACGACUACAACUACAACUACUACCACCAACACAGCCAGCACAACUAGUACGAUCAGCACGACAACUACAACAAAAGCGACUCCACCAAAUCUUCUCGUAAAUCCUGACGCUGAAGUGUCUACCCUGGCUGGGUGGACACAAACUGGAUCAUCUAAUGUACUGCAAGAUACGGGCAGUAUGCUUUACGCUAUAACAAAAGCGACUCCACCAAAUCUUCUCGUAAAUCUUGAUGCUGAAGUGUCUGCCCUGGCUGGGUGGAUACAAACUGGACCAUCUAAUGUACUGCAAGAUACGGGCAGUAUGCUUUACGGUAGUUACAAUCCGUAG